AUGGCAGAGGCCAUGGACACCGUCACCGCUGACGUCACCCAGCUCGCCCAGCAGCUUACCGAGCUCGGCCUGCGCGACUGGGCGGCCGCGGCGACGGAGCAGACGGUGCGCGGCCACGUGACGGCGGCGUUUGGCGCCCUGGAGGAGCGCGCGGGGCUGGCGGCGAAGGCGCUGCUGGCGCGGCUGGGGGAUGGCCCGGACAAGCCCGGUGCCAAUGCGGCGGCGCCCCUGGCAGAGGCGUUUGCGUGCACAUUCGAGGCCAUCCAGCGGUGCACCAUGGCCAUGCUGCAGGCCGCACUCCCUUAA